UUGCCCGCCCGGUGCUCGCUGCGGCGCGGCGGCAUGGGCGAGAGCACCAGCCCCAUCAGCGUUAUCCUUGUGAGCUCGGGCAGCCGCGGCAACAAGCUGCUCUUCCGCUUCCCCUUCCAGCGCGGCGCCGAGCACCCCGCCGCCCAGGCCAAUAAACCACGGAGUCGAUAUGCGGUGAAUAGCUCUGGUGAUACCUCAGAGGACCAAGAUGGGGACUCCAGAGACCAAUGUCCUCUAACCGAUGAACAAUUGGUUUCAGGGUUUUCAGAUGUCAUCCUGGCAACAAUUUUGGCUACAAAGUCAGAUAUGUGUGGCAAGAAGUUUGAACUGAAGAUUGAUAAUGUUCGCUUUGUUGGCCACCCUACGUUGCUUCAGCAUGCCCUUGGGCAGGUAUCCAAAACAGAUCCUUCACCAAAGAGGGAGAUGCCCACUAUGAUCCUCUUCAAUGUCGUGUUUGCCCUAAGGGCCAAUGCAGAUCCAUCAGUGAUAAACUGCCUACACAACCUUUCCCGCCGGAUCGCCAUCGUCCUGCAGCACGAGGAGCGCCGCUGCCAAUACCUGACCAGGGAGGCCAAACUCAUCUUAGCUAUUCAGGAUGAAGUGUCUGCCAUGUCAGAAACUACAGAAGGGCCACAGUCACCUUUUCAUCACAUCCUGCCCAAGUGCAAACUGGCCAGAGAUCUCAAAGAGACUUAUGACAGCCUCUGUACAACAGGAGUGGUCCGGUUACAUAUCAACAACUGGCUGGAAGUGAGCUUCUGCCUGCCUCAUAAAAUCCAUUAUGUUGCAACAAAUUUUAUUCCCCCUGAGGCGAUUGAGAGAAGCCUGAAAUCUAUCAGGCCUUACCAUGCCUUAUUGCUUCUAAAUGAUGAGAAGUCAUUGCUUAAUGAGCUCCCCUUGGACUGCUCUCCUGCCCUGGUGAGAGUAAUUAAAACUACCUCUGCUGUGAAGAAUUUGCAGCAGCUGGCUCAGGAUGCUGACUUGGCAUUGCUGCAGGUUUUCCAGCUUGCUGCACAUCUCGUUUACUGGGGAAAAGCAAUUAUUAUUUAUCCGCUGUGUGAGAACAAUGUCUACAUGCUUUCACCAAAUGCCAGUGUCUGCCUUUACUCUCCAUUGGCAGAUGCAUUUUCCUGUCAGUUCCGGGGCCACAAUCUGCCAUCAAUGCUCUCCAAGUUCUCCCUCCCAGUGUCACUCUCAGAGUUCAAGAACCCCCUCGUGCCUCCCGUGCAGGAGACUCAGCUCAUUCAAAUGGUGAUAUGGAUGCUCCAACACCGACUCCUCAUUCAGCUCCACACCUACGUCUGUCUGAUGGUGCCCCCAAACGAGGAGGAAUUCCGUGCCCAGGAUGAAGACAUGCCCUUCACCGCCAGAGUUGGAGGCCGAAGUUUAAGCACCCCCAAUGCUCUUAGCUUUGGUUCUCCAACUAGCAGUGAUGACAUGACUCUGACAAGUCCCAGCAUGGAUAAUUCCAGUGCUGAGUUGAUACCUGGCGGGGACUCACCCCUGAAUAAAAGGAUGACAGAGAAUCUCCUGGCAAGCUUGUUGGAACACGAGCGGGAAGCUAUUCUCAAUGUCCCUGCUGCCCAAAACCCAGAAGAUCUUCGCAUGUUUGCAAGGCUGCUUCACUACUUCAGAGGCCGACACCACUUGGAGGAGAUCAUGUACAACGAGAACAUGCGGCGCUCGCAGCUGCUGAUGCUGUUCGACAAGUUCCGCAGUGUGCUGGUGGUCACCAGCCACGAGGACCCGGUCAUUUCGGUUUUUCAGUCCCUCUUGAAAUGACUGCUAGUGGAAACUGCCGCGCUCUUGAUAUUCUGCAAGAUGCCUAAAAGAGAUGAGUCCAGUUCCUUCUCAGCACACGGUGUACAGCAGGCUCUCUGCUGCUGUGCCUCCAUUUCACACCUCCCCGUGCGACAGCUCAGUUCUGUGUGAGGGGCUGUGUGCUCCUUCCCAGCCUGGAUUUGUGCCGUGCCACACUCACAGCACAGGAGCUGCUGUCUCGCAGACCUUCCCUGGGACUGCUCCUUCGUUGGGGCUGUUGAGAUGGGUGAGAGUGGUCCAUGACUUUUACUGGAGUGUUACUGACGUGUGGGUGGAUGCUUCGCACCAGAGCUGCUUUCCCUGCUCUCCACCACCACUGAGCAGUGGGUGUUGCUCAUGAGCAGCCUGUCCUCACUGCUUGGCCUCUGCUUAAGGGCAGAGUGAAGUUGGCCUGGCUCUUAGGGGAAUGAUCCUGGGUACUGAGGAAUUAAUUCUGUCUGACCACUGUUAUCCAGAAGCAAUGGGGACAUAAAUAGGAAUGCAAAGCAUCACAAGUAAACAGCUUUGUGAAUGAAAA